GCGGAGGCUGCGUCGGGGCUUUCACCUUCCUCCAUCCAAUCUAUCUGCGGGAUGCGAUAGCUUUAUGCGAGUAUUCUGUACAACCGGUAUUACAGUACUCGUAGGAAGUUACCGGACUUGGGGGGAUGGCAAGGGGAGGUUGACUUGCUCACUUGCUUGAUAUGGACGAAUUGGGAUGCGAUGCGGUUGGGGGCGGAAUUGGGGCCGUUGUGGAUCAUAUACUGUAUUAUUUCUUUCUUGUUUUUGGGGUGUCCCACGCGAUUACUCGCUUUCUUGGUAAUUGGUUUGGCCAAGAGCUUUUCUUCAAAUCUUCUCUACUCGAGUACAAGUACUGUACUUGUACUCGAGUAGUAUCGGGGAAAAUUAAUUAUAACAUAGUAUUACUCUAACGGGGGGGGGGUGAUUCGGGUCGAUCUCUCCGUAUUCGUCAUGUGUAGCAUCGGUAACGCUUGCCUACCUGCCUGCCUAUCUUCCCCCAUCGGCAGACAACCGUCGGGUAGAGGGAAAAUUUAGGAAAUUGGUACAGUGUUCGCAGGAACAUAAGAGUGGGGAUGGGCGUGCACCUUCACUAUCAUCAUCAUUAUCCCUGUCUUGAUAUCUCUCUAUCCUUCUUCCCCCCCUUCGGUGCUUUGAUUAAGUAUCAUAGUUGGUUUUUUUUUGCGAAAGACGGUGCCAUAAUACACGACUACGGGGAAGAAUAAUAAGGAGAGAGAGGAGAGGGAGAAAGAUGGGGCUACAUGCUAGUGGAACGAACGAUCCGAAGGAGGUUCGGAAUUGGAGAAUUCAUCUUUUGGCUGUCGCGGUCUCGAUGAGUGCUAUGGCUAUCGGGUAUGAUUCGAGCUUCAUCGGUGGAACACAAGCUUUGGUGUCCUUCAAGCGCGACUUUGGCCUCAAUGUUGAAGGCCAACAUGUUCGUGAUACUCUUGCCGGAAACAUCGUGUCAACAUUCCAAGCCGGAACCUUCUUCGGCUCCCUUCUGACCUUCCCCAUUGCGGAAAGGUACGGGCGUAAGAAGGGUAUGGUAUUAUCUUCGAUCGUGUUCUGUAUUGGCGCUGUGAUAAUGACUACCUCUGACGGAAGGUUAUCCAUGAUUUAUGCCGGGAGGGCGAUCACCGGGCUAGGGAUUGGAUGCGCCUCCCUUAUCGUUCCUGUGUAUAUCGCUGAAACCUCCCCACCGAGUAUUCGCGGCCGUCUAGUCGGUAUAUUCGAAAUCUUGAGUCAGGGCGGUGGCAUGCUUGGCUUCUGGAUAAACUACAUAGUAGACCGGACCGUCAACCCCAUCGGCCCGACCCAAUGGCUUGUCCCAACCUCCCUGCAACUAGUCCCCGGCGCCCUCCUCUUUGCCGCGUCCCUCAUAGCCCCCGAAUCCCCUCGCUGGCUUUGCCAGCAGGACGAUUGGGACCAGGCGAGUAUCAAUCUGACCCUCCUCCGCACACUGCCGAGGGACCACGAAUUCAUAAAGGAGGAGUUGGCGGGAAUCAAGGAGCAGAUCGAGUUUGAAGCUUCGAAGGGCGGGGCGGAGACGUUUAAGGGGAAGGUCAAGGAAAUGUGCUCCAAGGGGAAUAGAAACAGGAUUGGAAUCGGCCUCAUUCUUAUGGCUUGCCAGAAUCUUACUGGCGUCAACAUCAUAACAUACUACUCCCCCCGCAUCUUCGAAACCCUCGGUAUAACAGGUACUUCGACAAAGCUUUUCGCAACCGGCUUCUACGGCGUCGCAAAGACCCUCGGGAUGAUUGUAUUCUCCGUCUGGCUCGCUGAGCGCCUUGGUCGUCGCAAGGGUCUUAUCUACGGCGCUUUCAUCGGCAGUUUACCCAUGUGGUAUAUCGGUGGCUAUGUCAUGAGGGCGGACCCGGCAAAGGCUGCGGCGGCUGGGCAGUAUUCUAGGAAUGGGUGGGGAUAUUUGGCGAUGGUUUGCGUGUAUCUUUACGGAUUUAUUUACUGCAUGUCGUGGCAAGGAAUUACCUGGGUCUACUGUUCCGAAAUUUUCCCAAUCGGAAUCCGCAUGAUCUGCGUAGCAAUUACUACCGCCGACCAAUGGUUCUGGUCCUUCGUCGUUUCGCGCACGACACCCUACAUGAUCACCUCCCUCGGCUACGGCACGUACUUUUUCUUCGGAUCGCUGAUGAUUCUAAUGGGCAUAUGGGCCUUCCUCUUCGUCCCGGAGACGAAAGGCCUCACGCUCGAGGACAUGGAUAGACUAUUUGGUGUUCCGGAGAGGAGCGGUGACAGUAGCGACGGGGGAUUCCUCGGCGACGGCGGGGAGAAGGGCCGGAUGGAGAAGGGAGGGGCGGCGUCUUUGGAGAAGGAGAAGGGUGGAGCUAUAUAAGUGGUGGUGGUGGUGGGGGGGGUAUAUAUAUUGGAAAUGACGAAGUCUUUACGAGACUAUGAGAUUAUGA